CCGGCCAUAUAACAAGCUGCACAUUGCCCAUCUCCUGAGUACGGCGCUUGAUACGCUCCCCCACGUAUUCUGUUCUAGACUUGUUCUCAUGGCGCGGAUCCCGUUCUACGCCGUCCAAGUACCCGGAGCUUAGGUCACUAGUUUACAGAGCCGCUAGUUUUAACCCGGCAAUAUGGGGCAUCGGGAUGACCUGAUCGCGGCUAUGGCCGUCUUCUUGGUGGUUGAUACCCUUGCCAUAGCCGCCCGCCUCUAUGUCCGAACGAAGAUGCUGACUCGUGGUUUCGGCUUGGACGACGUCGUUCUCAUCCUGACAUAUAUCGGCUUUAUUAUCUCCUGUGCUAUGGGCUUUACGUCUAUGCAUUAUGGCUAUGCUGCUCGAGACGAGCAGACGUACUACAGCAAGGCCAAAUACACGAAGUUCCUAUUCGCCAACCAGUUGACGCUCUACAUCAGUGCCGGGCUCGUCAAAAUAGCUGUGGCGCUCGUUCUCUAUCGUCUAUCAUCGACUAAGAAGCUACGCUGGCUCCUAAUAGGGUCGAUGGCUGUCGUCACUGCCUGGACCAUAGUGAUGACACUGUUCGCGUCGUGGCCAUGUGCCCAAGGUGGCGCGUCCAACUGGGCUGGCAGCAAAGCUUGCACGCAAGUCGGUUACUUCCGCACCAUCACCAAUAUCUUUAUCGACUACUUCUAUGCGCUGCUGCCGAUAUACAUACUUAGAAAGGUAAAGAUGAGCACGAAGUUAAAAGUAUCAGUACUGCUACUGCUGGGGUUAGGUGCAUUCGCAAGCUCCGCCACCAUUGUCAAACUCGUCAUCAUCGUCAGGUUAUCAACCGCCAAGGGCGAGGAAGCCCAAGCUCUACACUACGACUUACUUCUCUGGGCCGAUAUCGAACUCGGAAUGGCUACGUUCGCGGCGUCUGCGGCAGCUCUGCGACCUCUACUCAAGCACAUCCCAAAUAUCUGGAGUAGAAGCCAGACAUCGAAUAGUCGUAGCCGUACUACAAGCGAGGCAGUCGGUCCCUACCGGGAGCUCGGUGCUAGUAACGAGCUGCACCCGGUGAGAAAGCAUGAUGCUAGAAUAACAAAUGGGAAAGACUCCGAGGAGGAUGUAUUUGUAGUUUGAAGGAGGGGAUCUGAUACGGGGUAUAGAAAACGAUGCUUAUGAUACCCAUGAUUUUCCGAUCUUAUUAGGCCUAAGAUCGGGUUGUAUAUGACAUUAG